AUGCAGGCGACACUCUCGCCCUUUUACACCUUUGGCUACAGUACGCACGCCGCGUACGAGUUCUCCUCAGACAUGGAGACCCUCCAAACGCGCUACGCCACCUCGUCGUGCCGCGAUGAGCCGCCGCAUGAUCCCACGGCCCCGAAGUACGAUCCGCUCGGUGUGCUCAGCAAGCCUGCAGCGCCGGUGUGGGAGAAGCCGGUCUACACGAGGACGAAGCUCGUCGUCGUAGCGUCCUCCUCGCCCAGUGCGGCCGACAACACGUUCACGCCCCGCGAUCCCCGCGCAAUCGACAUGGCCGCCGCCCAGCCGCCCCACAGGAAGACCCUCGCGUGGGCCCGUGACCAGGGUAAGGUCGACCAGAGUCUCUGGGCCCUCGCCGCGCUCUCGCUCGCGCACUCGCCGUGGGCGGACAACUACUCCCACUUCUGGGGCGAGGACGUCCGCGCAGACACGGCUCGCUUUGUGUUCGGCGCCGGUGCCCACAAUUUGAUGCGCACUACACGCCGCUCAGACCCUCCUUUGCACUCAGACGUCGACCUUUAUCGCGAUGUAGUUCGAGCCUACAAGACGUGGGAAGAAUCGCUCAAGCCCAGCGUGGCGGCGCCACCCGUCCGCACUAGUCCGCGCGUAGCCCAGAACAAGCGCAAGGCUGUCAUCGCCGCGGCAAUUGAGACAGUCGAAGAGGCUAUUGAAGCCCAGGAAGCCAAGGAAUCCGAAGUCGCACCGCCCACUACCAAACGCACUCGCACUCGCACGACAGCGGCUCGCAAACGGGCCGCCGGCAGCCCGACUCAUGCACCGGUAAUCUCGAGCCCUCUCGCGCACUCGAUGUUGCUUCCUGCCGCGGAGAUCGACGCAACCCCCGCCCCGACUCGCGCCAGCCAGCGCCCGAAAAAGAAGAGUCAACUUGCCCGUGACGCAGAGGAACAUGCAGCUGCCGCCGCCGCAGAUGACACACGCCCAGCCGCCCGGCGGGCCGCCUCAUCAAGUGCCAGUUCGGACGUCAGCUCUAUCACUGCUACUUCGGCGACGCCUAGCGCGCCCGCUAUGGUUACAGGCAAGCGCUCCCGCUCAGGUUCGGCCUCUUCGGCGUCUACGGCCGUUGACGUCGUUGCGGAGCUUGCGAAGAGCGAGGAACGCCCUGCUAAGAAGUCGCGCACGACGAAGCAGGCUUUGGCUGCUCCCACGCCCGAGCCCGAAGCAGAAGAUGUCUCCGCGGAUCAGACUGUCGCGACCGAAAAGGCCUCGAAGAGCCCAUCGUGCUACGUGCCCGGCAACGUAUGUUCGCGCCUUUCUCUCUCACCAUGCAUCUUGAACCGCAGCCCGUCCCACACGUUUUAUCUCCGCACAGCAUCGUCGACGUCGCCGCACGUCCCAUCGUCCCGCACAACGAUGCGCCCCGCAUCAGUAUACGACUUGAACGCACUCAUCACGCACACACACGUACUAUCGCAUGGUCGAGCUCGCUUUGCAAAGCGACGCGUACCCGCUGCCGUCAGUGGGAACACGCGCCGCGUGGAUAUCAUGUGA